AUGCAUAAAAUAAUCAACCUCGAGCAUAUCAUCAAAAAAUCACAACAAGAGCUUGAUUCACUUAAGUCAAGCAUUUCGAACACUCACACAAAGAUAAAAACACAAACACAAACCUCGUCGACAAAGAGUCGGUCACAAAGGCCAAUAAACCCACCAAGUCUACCAACUGCAUCGAGAAGACCAUCAGCGAGGGAGAUAAACGAUUAUAACUCUGUUUACCUCAUGCAGACAGGCCAAGCUCAGCCUGUGCACCCAAUUGAAAAUGCGUAUUAUGUUCAGCAGCAGCAUGAAAAGUAUAGAAAGUAUCAGGAAUACCAGCAAUACUUGCAAUACCAACGUUAUCAACAAUACGGAGAUAAUCAGAGAUACCCAUAUGGUUAUACAUACGGCAAUCAGCAACAAAGAUACCCUUCGCAAUACCCUACUCAUCCUCUUCAAUACCACUCACAGUACUCAUAUAAUACCCAAGCUCACCCUAAAAAAAUACAACCAUCACCAUUCGAUCAUUGCACGAGCGAAGACAUAGACAAACUCGUAGCAGAAGGCAAAACAACUUGGGAGGAAGUUGAUGAAAUUGAUCGUCGUUGUUGGAUCAACCUACCACCUCUAUCAAACUAG